AUGACCUUCUUUGGCUCCUGUUGCCCCUUACCAUGGUCAGGAGGCAACCGCGACCCCCAUAACAAGGACGCUCGCGAUGCUGGAGCACAUGGACAGCGUCCGGAGUUUCAAACCACGCGCUACAGCGACACACUACAAGGCGCCCCAUCGGCCACUGAUGCUGACGCAGCCUCUUUCACAGGCCCGCGAGUGUCUUCACAAACAGUGCCAACCAAUCGAUGUGAGGCUGUCCAGGAUGCAGCGUUGUCCGUGUACUCACAGCCCACGAACUCGCCAACACUUCCACGUGCAGACACCGUUCGUUCUGCUGUAAAGGGAGAGAAGGGCGUGGAGGCAGUCAGGGGACCUGCAAACAGCGCCAGCACGGACCAUCAAGCUGACCGAGGAGCGUCAAGUGUGGAGGAAGUCAGUGCAUCCGCGGGAGGUGAUGGCGGACAGCGGGGGAUGACAGGCUCUGAAGCGGGAGAAGCAAUAAGGAAGCAGUUGAUCAAGAAUAGGGAGGAGGCGGAGCAAGCGCAAGGAGCGAAGAAGUAA